CCCGCCCCUCUGGCUGCGGUGCAUUUCCUACUUGUGCUGUUUUAUGUUUGAUUUCUCGGCUCAGCUGGGCAGAGCCGCUGAGACAUCUCUCCUUCCCACAAGACACUUCCCGGGUUGAGCAAGAUGGACUAUCAAGUGACAACUACCUUCGAUUACAUUGAAUACAGCAUCUCAGAACCCUGCCAAAAAACCGAUGUGAAACAGAUCGCAGCCCAGCUCCUGCCCCCGCUCUACUCGCUGGUGUUCAUCUUUGGUUUUGUGGGCAACCUUCUGGUCGUCCUCAUCCUGAUAAACUGCAAGAAGCUGAAGAGCAUGACGGACAUCUACCUGCUCAACUUGGCCGUCUCCGACCUGCUCUUCCUCCUCACCAUCCCCUUCUGGGCUCACUACGCAGCAGACCAGUGGGUCUUUGGGAACACAAUGUGUCGGCUUUUGACAGGGCUCUAUUUUAUUGGCUUAUUCUCUGGAAUCUUCUUCAUCAUCCUCUUGACAAUCGAUAGGUACCUGGCGAUCGUCCACGCUGUGUUUGCUAUCAAAGCCAGGACGGUCACGUCUGGAAUGGUGACAAGUGGGGUCACCUGGGUGGUGGCUGUGUUCACCUCUAUCCCAGGGAUCAUCUUCUCCAAAUCCCAGAAAGAGGGUCCCCGUUAUACAUGCAGUCCGCAUUACCCAACCAGUCAGUAUUAUUUCUGGAAGAAUUUCCAGACGUUAAAGAUGGUCGCCUUGGGCCUGGUCCUGCCGCUGCUCGUCAUGGUGGUCUGCUACUCGGGAAUCCUGAGGACCCUGCUCCGGGUCCGCAACGAGAAGAAGAGGCACAAGGCCGUGAGGCUCAUCUUCGUGAUCAUGAUCGUGUACUUUCUCUUCUGGGCUCCCUACAACAUCGUCCUUCUCCUGAACACCUUCCAGGGUUUCUUUGGCCUGAAUAAUUGCAGUAGCUCUAAUCGGCUGGACCAAGCCAUGCAGGUGACGGAGACCCUGGGGAUGACGCACUGCUGUAUCAACCCCAUCAUCUACGCCUUCGUCGGGGAGAAGUUCCGAAGCUACCUGGUGGGCUUCUUCCGAAAGCACAUCGCCAGGCGCCUCUGCAAACGCUGUCUGAUGUCCCAGCGGGAGGCUCCCGAGCGCGGAGCCUCCAUCUACACCCGGUCCACUGGGGAGCAGGAAAUCUCUACGGGCCUGUGACCCGGAUGGGUUUUUACACACAGACUGAGGGUGGCAGCUGUUAUGUUAAAAAGGAAGUUACUGUCGUAGAGUGUCGGAGACCCAUCCUCCUGCGUGGCUUCUGCCCAUCCAUUCUAGAAUGCCAAAUGGAAAAUAUGUGGCUGGAAGAGCCACCUUGUCCUCUGCCCUCCACCUGCAUCAACUGGAUGAACUCUCCCUUCACUGAAAAAGUUCAUUAUUUUAAAAAUCCCCAGAGAACUGCUGAUUUUUGAGUUUGGUAACCUGCCCAGGAACAGCAAAAUGAAUCAAGGAACGUACUGUAUAGUUUCUUGCCUGCACAAGGCAACAGACAGGUUGUAAAUGCAUUUAAAAGGGGUCCUUGUCUUGCCGUGGGGAGAGGAGACGUGGACGGGGUCAGUUGUGAAGGGCCAUCUUCCUCGCGUGAUCUCCCCUCCGAUGUAGGUAAUAAGUUGCACAGACACUCAGGACCAGGUGCGAGCCCCGUGGCCAGGUGAGCUGGGCAAGCUUCUUCAGUGAGGAGGGAUUGGAGGGGCACCAGCUGUUGGCGGAAGAGAGGGAGCUGAGCCCCAGGCUGCAGGCGCUGCGCGGC